CGGCUGCAACUCAGCGUCCGCACGCUGUCGGUGUCGUCAGUGUAGAUUUGCUCGCUAUGGCGGAAGGACGAAGAGAGCAGCCGCCCCAUCCUCCCCUGUGCCUACCACCGGCCAGUAAGCGACCCUGCCUGCGCCCAGCUCCCCGGGGUCCCGGUCCCGGCCCCGGGCCCGGACACGGCUUAACCAACUUCCGACAUCGUUCCCCGGAGCCCCUCCUGGACUGUGCCGCGAAGGCAGUAGCGGAAAAGUGGGCCUUCGAAAGAGUAGAGGAGCGUUUUGAACGGAUACCAGAACCCGUUCAGCGUCGUAUCGUCUACUGGUCUUUCCCCCGCAACGAGAAGGAGAUAUGCAUGUACUCUUCGUUUCAGUGCCGUGUAGCCGAAGAUGGUCCGUCGACGGCUAGCGGCGGGGCAGGGGGUGCUGGGUCCGGACCUACAAGUGCGGCUGGUGGCGGAGGAACGGCCACUGGUACGGCGGCGACAGUAGGAACGACCGGCGCCGUGGGAACGGGAGAUGCACUGCCUUUCCGCCGUGGGAUCAGGUUGCUCGAGACCGGCUGUGUGGAAAACGUUUUACAAGUCGGGUUUCACCUGAGUGGAACGGUAACCGAACCCGCCACCUCAUCGGAGCCGGAGGUCACCCACAAGGUAGCCAUCAGCUUUGAUCGUUGCAAGAUUACCUCUGUCACCUGUGGCUGUGGAAAUCGUGACAUUUUCUACUGCGCCCAUGUGGUGGCGCUGUCUCUGUACAGGAUCCGCAAGCCUGAGCAGGUGAAGCUUCGGUUGCCCAUCUCAGAGACAUUGUUCCAAAUGAACAGAGACCAGCUGCAGAAGCUGGUCCAGUAUCUGAUUACAGCCCACCACACGGAGGUGCUACCCACAGCUCAGAAACUGGCCGACGAGAUCCUCUCAUCCAACUCUGAGAUCAACCAGGUUCACGGUGCUCCCGAUCCAACUGCCGGCGCAAGCAUUGACGAUGACAAUUGCUGGCAUCUGGAUGAAGAACAAGUCAGGGAACAAGUCAAGCAGUUUCUUUCCCAGGGAGGAUACUACGGCUCUGGGAAGCAGCUCAACUCCAUGUUUGCCAAGGUGCGUGAGAUGCUAAGAAUGCGUGACUCCAAUGGUGCCCGUAUGCUGACUCUCAUAACAGAACAGUUUAUGGCAGACCCGCGACUUUCGCUGUGGAGACAGCAAGGCACAGGCAUGACGGACAAAUGCAGGCAACUUUGGGAUGAGUUGGGUGCAUUGUGGGUGUGUGUGGUGUUAAACCCCCACUGUAAAAGUGAGGAGAAGAGCAGUUGGCUCAAGCAGCUGAAGAAGUGGAGCGACAUGGAUGUGUGCCCGCUGGAAGAUGGCAACUAUGGUAGCGAGCUCCCAAACAUCACCAAUGCUCUGCCGCAGAGCAACCUCGGCCAGGACUCUCUGUCCAGGCCAAGGAGGACGGUGUUCAGCAGGGCUGUCGAGGCUUGCAAUCUCCACUGGCAAGGGAGCCACCUCCAGAGGAUCAUCAGCAGUGAUUACUACAUGUCCCCAUCAUACCAGAGAGACGAGGAGAGUCUGCUGUUUAAUCCACAGGGACUGCCCCUCUGGCUUGACCACGUACCGACAGCAUGUGCUCGUGUAGAUGCCCUACGUUCCCACGGUUACUCCAGGGAAGCGUUGCGAUUGGCAGUGGCUAUCAUCAACACGCUGCGCCUCCUGCAGCAGCGCGAAAUGGAUAUCUAUAAACACCAAAAGAAAGAGCUUCUUCAGAGGGGCGUGACUACCACCACUAACCUGGAAGGUUGGGUAGGACACCCUCUGGACCCCAUUGGCUGCCUGUUUACCACACUCACCGAAACAUGCCGGGUCGAUGACGACAGCUCCAUGGACACCGGAGACGGUGAGCCCAGACGUCCAGUCUACCACCAUGUGCCAGUGUGGGGCAGUCAUGAUACAGGAGAGUCCUACCUGACACUUGCCUUAGAGGUGACUCUGAUGGGUAUGGGCCAACAAAGGAUAAUGCCAGAAGGCCUCUACGCUCAGGAUAAGGUGUGCCGCAAUGAAGAGCAAAUAGUUGCAAAGCUGCAAGAGCUAGAGCUGGAUGACGUACUGGUCCAAACCCUCCGGAAACAGGCCAUACAGUUACUAGAAGCUGGUCCUUUCAGUGGUCUAGGUGAAGUCAUCCACAGGGAAAGUGUUCCUAUGCACACUUUUGCCAAGUACCUCUUUUCUGCACUGCUGCCACAUGAUGCAGACCUGGCGUAUAAGGUGGCUCUCCGCGCCAUGAGGUUGCCAGUUCUGGAGUCAUCUGCAGGCUCUGGGGAUGUCGGUCACCCUCAUCAUGGCAUUUCCAUCGUUCCAAGUAGAUAUCCACGCUGGUUCACUCUAGGGCACUUGGAGUCGCAGCAGUGUGAGCUCGCUUCGACUAUGCUAACUGCUGCUAAAGGUGACAUGUUGAGAUUGCGGACGGUUCUGGAAGCCAUCCAGAAAAACAUCCACUCUUCUUCCUUAAUCUUUAAAUUAGCCCAGGAUGCCUUCAAAAUAGCUACACCUGCAGACAGCCCGCCUGAUAUAACUCUGCUCAAUGUGGCGUUGGAGCUAGGACUUCAGGUGAUGAGAAUGACUCUGUCCACUCUCAACUGGAGGAGGAGAGAGAUGGUCCGCUGGCUGGUAACCUGUGCCACUGAAGUCGGUCUUCGUGCGCUGGUGAGCAUUUUGCAGAGCUGGUACACUCUCUUCACACCCACCGAGGCCACCAGUAUUGUUGCGGCGACCGUCAUGUCCCACAACACCAUCCUGCGCCUCAGUCUGGAUUACCCCCAACGAGAGGAGCUGGCCAGUUGUGCGAGGACGCUGGCGCUGCAGUGCGCUAUGAAAGACCCCCAGAACUGCGCCCUGUCAGCUCUGACGCUCUGCGAGAAGGACCACAUCGCCUUUGAGACAGCCUACCAGAUUGUGAUCGACGCGGCGUCCACCGGGAUGACGUACUCGCAGCUCUUCACGAUCGCCAGGUACAUGGAACACAGAGGGUACCCGCUGCGCUCAUUUAAACUGGCCUCCCUGGCCAUGACCCACUUGAACCUGGCUUACAACCAGGACACGCACCCAGCCAUUAAUGACGUUCUGUGGGCCUGUGCGCUCAGCCACUCCCUGGGGAAAAACGAGCUGGCUGCAAUUAUUCCCCUGGUGGUGAAGAGUGUGCACUGCGCCACCGUGCUGUCUGAUAUCCUCCGGCGAUGCACCAUGACGGCACCAGGUCUCGCCGGCAUUCCCGGCCGCAGGAACUCCGGGAAGCUGAUGUCGACGGACAAGGCGCCUCUGCGGCAGCUGCUGGACGCUACGAUCUCGGCGUACAUUAACACCACGCACUCUCGACUGACACACAUCAGUCCGCGGCACUACGGAGAGUUUAUUGAGUUCCUGAGCAAAGCACGGGAAACUUUCCUGUUGGCACAGGAUGGCCACAUUCAGUUUGCCCAGUUCGUAGACAACCUUAAACAAAUCUACAAGGGCAAGAAGAAACUCAUGAUGCUGGUCAGGGAGCGCUUUGGUUAAGUAGUAGUCGUUCGUCUUAUAUAUUUGUAUUUAAAAUUAUUUUGAAUUCCUUGUGUACUUCUUAAGUUGAGCCAUUUGUUGACUAACAUUUUUCCAGUGUGGUGGUUUUGUUUGUUAAAUGUGAACCAAGAAGUGUUCACAGCUCAUUGCUCUACUUCACUGAAACUGCUGAGGGGCAAAUGGCUCAAUAUGUCAAAAAUCCGACAACAAAACACAGCUUCUUUGCCCCCUCCGGACGAAUGUUGAAUUACACAUACAAAAAAAAAAAAAAGUCAGAAGAUUGUGAAAAGCAGAACUAGCAAUUUUUUUUUAUUUUUAUUUUUUUUGUGUGGCAUGUGAUACAAAAACCAAAAGAUUUGUUGGACAGGCUUCUUUGAGUCAAAAGAAAUUGGAAAGAAGUGGGGUUUGGAAAUGGGGGGGGGGGGGGGGGGGGGGUGAACCCACUAAGGAUGAAAACAGGCACAGUGUUCCUAUCAUACCUCAACUGUAUUAUUUAUCAGCUUUAACCUCCCUGUUGACAAAUCGCCACGUUUUAUUCAGGGCCUUUUCGGAGAGACGGCAAGCCACAACAACCGUACGGUGACAAAAAAAUCCAAAGACGUGACCAAAUCCAGUGUAGACCAGCUCUCCCACAUCCAUUCAUUACAACGUUCAAGGACCACUUGGACUGAGGCUCAUGUUGCUUAAGAGCUGUUCUAGUUUAGGAUGCAUGCACAUGCAUACUAUAAUUUGAAAUAUAUAUGUUAAAGUUCUCCCUGUAAUUUAGGCGGUUUGGACAGUGUGACUAUUUCUCACAUGAUAUUUCAAGAUUAAGCAAUAUACAGUGGGUAUGGAAAGUAUUCAGACCCCCUUAAAUCUUUCACUCUUUGUUAUAUUGCAGCCAUUUGCUAUAAUCUUUGAAGUUGCUUUUUUUUUUUCCUCAUUAAUGUACACACAGCACCCCAUAUUGACAGAAAAAAAUAAUAAUUUUUGAAAUUUUUGCAGAUUUCUUAAAAAAGAAAAACUGAGGUCCUGAGCAGUCUGGAGAAGGUUUUCCAAAACCACCCAAAUCCAGGUGUGAAAAACUUGUUGCAUCGUACCCCAAAAAGACUCAUGUUUGUAUUCUACUAAAUACCGAGCAAAGGCUCUGAAUACUUAGGGCUGUGUGAUAUUUCAGUUUUUCUUUUUUACUAAAUCUACAAAAACUUCAACAAUUCUGUUUUGUUUUUGUUUGUUUUUUGUCAAUAUGGGGUGCUGUGUGUACAUUAAUGAGGGGAAAACAUCAACUUCAAUGAUUUUAGCAAAUGGCUGCAUUAUAACAAAGAGUGAAAAAUGUAAGGGGGUCUGAAUACUUUCCGGACCCACUGUAUCGUCAAGCCUCUGCGUUUUUCUUCACCAAGCCGCAUUGUCUUUUUGUAUUCAGUUGUAAAGUUUGAGACAUGUUUGGGCCUUGUUGAUAUCAGCGAUUGCUCCCUCUGCCUGUAGCUCAAGUUCUCUUUCCGUCAUAACAUCUUUUGUGGGAACUUAAUACUUUCCUAACUAAACUUCCUCUUUGAAAACUAAUAUGUAGAGUUCCAACGUCGGUUGCUUGGUGACACUUCAAAAAGUGAGAAACAGAAUGGAAUUUGUUCCAAAUCAACAAAACAACUAGGGGGAAUAAUUCUAGGUUAGGAACACAUUUUCAUUAUAAUAGAAAAACCUAAAAAGGAAUCUUAAACAGCACUAACAAUAUAUUAACUAAUCGUAUCACACCAGGGAUGAUGUGCUUGUAAUACGGCUUGACAUGUCACCAUUGGGCCAAAAGCUUUGACAUUUUGCUUGUAAAUUCAAUGUCACUCAUAUUUUAAUUUGAGCUGUUAUUGGCAUUAUUGAAACUUGUGUUCAUUCUGCAGCUAGAAACGUAACAUUAUACGAGCACUUCACACAAAUACCUCUUCAGUACGUUCCUGCCGGCUUCAGCAUUUAAUUCAUUUAUGUAUUGAUGUUCGCUAACUUUGUGUGACAAAGAAUGGCAGUCAUAAAUCCAGGGUGAUGUUGACAGGAGGAUUAACAAAAGUUGUUUUUUUUUUUGCAUGUUUGCUUUAUUACAUUCCAUCAUAGGUGACAUCCUUCCACGUCACCAGAUCUUUUUUUUUUUUUUAAUUGAAGAAACAAAAUGAAAAAGGAAACAAGAGGCUAAACUUAGUUCUCAGGGACAUCACUUAAUGAAACAAAAAAAAAAUAGUAGCAUUAAGCAUUUAAGAUAUUGUAAAUAUUAAAGUGUCAAUUCAGAAAUUUGUAAAAUUAUAAUUAUUUAUGAUAAGUAUGUUGUUUGUUUUUAUUUGUUUCUUGGGGUGGGUGGGAGUGUACUUGAACUGUUUUGGAUGUGGGGUAUUCGACAGGCUUUUUUGUAAGAGCAAAGACUUUUCUCAGGUGCUCCAGUAUAAUUUCUGUUUUGCUAGAUUCACUAUUGUUUUUAUUUUUUUUUUGUUAGUUUUUUUUUUUUUUUUUUUUAUUUGCAAAGAAAAAAUGUUUUCCCCAAAAAAAAAAAAAAAAAAGCAUGUAAGUUGAGGAAAAUGGGCACAGAUACAUACUGUACUUAAACCUGACUAUGCAGAACCACUUGUAUGGGCUUUUAAAGAUGGCUUCCUAAACGUGCAAGAUGAGAAACAUUGGACUGAACCACUAUUAGAGGUGGGCGGGGGAAGCAACCAAGCCGAGCUGCAGCCUGCUUUGCAAUUGGACAAUGCACGAGUAGAUGACCUGGCUUCGUUGCAGCAUAUGGACGAGAGAUCGAAAUGUAAACUGGGAAGAUGCCUUUCUGACCUAUCAAUGUACAAAGUUUAUUUUUGCUUGACUUCUUUGUGGGUUUUAUUCAAUCAGGACUCAAAAGCCUUUAGUGUCUUCAUGUGGUGGAGCUUGUUUCAGAGAGAGCAACACCUAAACAUCACAAAAAGCAACUAUGAACAAAUGGGAUGGCCUUUGGGAUGACCACAGUUCCUUGCUGUUAGAUUUCUGUCAAUUUGUCCGGUCAUGGGCCCAUUCCUCACACCAAUUAAUUAGCCUUGCUGUGUCCAACUUUAAUAAACAUUGGUGACAUCGAUGCUCUGUGGUAGACUUGAUUAAACCCAAUGCUGCGUCAUCUAUAAGGUGGAAACUUCCGCGCGAAGAAAACAUCCAUUAAAAGAACUUGCAGCAGUGAAGUUGCUUGAACGGGAAGCUCCAAUAAGCUGCCUUUACUGUGUUCCAGCUUGUAAAACGGACAGCAUCGUGACUUCCUCCCUCUAGUUUUGUCUGUUUACACUUGCAGAAGGAAGAGGAGCUUAGGCCCCCCCCCCCCCCCCCCUUCCCCAAAACCAUAAAAAAAAAUUCGUAGGAGAGUACUAUUUGCUGGUAGAAUUUAUUCACUAGUUCACCCACUGUUUUCCCGUUUGUUUUGUUUCGGAUUGUUUCUAACUUAAGGGAAUAUUGAAAGUGUUUGUUGCCUCUUUGUGCUACUGAUUAUAAAAAGGUAUUUCCAGUAUUUGUUGCCACAAAAAUAUGAUAGCUUAACAUCAACACUUUUUUUGCUUUUUGUUUUUUUGUGCAAAUUCUUGAGCUACUGUCUAUAAAGCGCAAAUUUAUUACUAUUUAUGUAUCGCUACUACCAUUUUAUAUUGAUUUGUGUUGGACUCUCAGUGCUUUUCUAUGAAUAAAGUGUGAAACACGUUA